AUGGGCAGCUCACUCGGGUCCGGCGACACAAUGAAGGUCGGCAUGGGCAGCUCGCUCGGGUCCGGCGACACCAUGAAUGUCGGGCCAGCAAAGAAUGAUGCCUCCGAGUCCUCCUCCAUCUUAGUCAGAGGCUCCGGCUUCUUCUUGGACCGGUCGAUCGACGAAGCGAGGCCGGCGAAGGGCGAUGCCUCCAUCACGGUCGGAGGCGUCACCUUCUUCUCCAACCAGUCGACCGACACCACAGGGCCAGCCAAGAGUGUCGCCGCCUCCAAGUCUGCCACCAUCUCAGUCGAAGGCUCUGCCUUCUUCUCCGACCGGUCGAUCGACGGAGCAGGGCCAGCGAACGAUGUCACCACCGAGUCUGCCACCAUCUCAGUCAUAGGCUCUGCCUUCUUCUCGGACAGGCCGACCGACGACAUCGGGCCAGCGGAGAUUGAUGCCUGCGAGGCUGCCACCAUCUCAGUGGGAGGCCUCGGCUUCUUGUCGCAUCGGUCGACGGAUGGCGCGCGGCUCGCCGGCCUCUUCCAGUUUUCCCUCGGCGUCUCCACGCGGCCGAGGCGCUCGACGCCACCGUUCAAACUCUCGGCACGGCGGAGCGUCUUGUCAGUGGCCCAGCUGGAGCUCCGCGAAGCACGUCCAGGAAGGUCGGCCUUGUCCUUGAUCCAGCUUCGGCUCAUCGAGGCACGUCCAGGCUGCUGCUUCUUGCUGUCCAGCUCCACACGAGCCGUGUACACCGCCGGAGGAGGCGUCAGGAGGUGGCAGCGCGCCGGGGUAGGCAGCAACGGCGGCAGAGUCGUGGCGACAUGGCUAGCCAUCUCUGCAAAACACAGGACACAGCAAAGAACAGAGAGACCAAGUGAUUGCACAAGCGAAACAAGUAAAAGGAACAAUUGCGAUGCUGAAAUUCAAAUGAUGAUCGGAGAAGAAAGAGAAAACUUGCCGGAUUCUUUGCUCGCCGCCGUCGAGAGAAGCUCGUCGGGUUGCUAG